AGCAUAACAGUCUGCUGACAUAGCAUUCUGCUGUUAGGCAGAAAAGCUUCGUAACGAAAGCGGAGAGAAAAAAUUCAGUCGUAUAUUAUAAAUUGUUUACUAACAUUGUCUUAAAAUAUCAGCUGAACACGUAAGUGAGAGCAUUGGAAUUAUGGACGUGCUGAAGCACUUCAAGAAAGGUUCGCCCAAGCCGGAGCUGCCCAAUGAUGGGGUCUUGCGUCUCUUCCUCAUGCGCUUCUGUCCCUACUCGCAGCGCGCUUCGUUGGUGCUGGCUGCCAAGCAUAUUCCGCAUCACAAGAUCUACAUCGACCUGAGCGAGAAACCCGAGUGGUACACCGACUUCAGUCCCCUGGGCAAGGUGCCGGCUGUUCAGUUGACCGCGGUGUCUGGCCAACCAACUAUUGUGGAGUCUCUUGUCAUCGCCGAGUAUUUGGAUGAGCAGUACCCUGUGCAUCAACUGUUCCCCGCAGAUCCGUUGCGAAAGGCUCAGGAUAAGAUACUCAUUGAGCGCUUGACACCGACUAUUAAAGCCGUGUAUCCUCUGUUGUUCACCAUAGAUCCACCAGAGGAUGCAUUGCCCAAAUUUGAGAAUGCCUUGGACGUGUUCGAAGUGGAGUUGACCAAACGCGGAACACCCUACUUUGGAGGCACACAAAUUGGAAUGGUGGACUAUAUGAUUUGGCCCUGGUUCGAACGCUUCCCAGCUCUCAAGCAUGUAUUGCCGGAGCGGUACGAACUGGAUAAAACGCGCUUUGCUAAACUCUUGAACUGGACUGAUCUGAUGGCCAAUGAUGAGGCCAUCAAGGAAAUCGCGCUGGAUAGCCAGGUGCAUGCCCAAUUCAUGGUCACACGACAGGCUGGCGCGCCCAACUAUGAUGUGGCUUUCCCGGUUACUGUAGAUUGAAAUUGCAGGAACAAAUUUUUGGAAUGAUACAGGCUAAAUAAAAAAUUACUCUUGAUAUCUGAUCGGAAUAUGUCUUGGAUAUAAUGCGCCUAAGUAUUAUUAAUAUUCCCUUGAUCUCUUUCUUACAGGAACGUUUGCGCUAUGCUGCUUCUCUUCGAGUCGCUAACGACCAACGAGCCGAGACCUGGGAACAAACGGA